UUUGUCAGCGGCGGGUUUCAAACGUCAGCCCGAAGAACGAUUUAGUGUACCUGCUUUAACUAUAUUCCAGUAAUUAUAGGACAUCGUUAUGUGUGUGAUACACACUCCAAAUGAAUUUAGUUUUUUUUAUACGUUCAAUAUUCAUUUCUGGGUUACAUGUACUGGCGAGUGAAACCUUUAAAGACGACCAGUUGGUUUUCGAGGCAGGAACGUUGUCUAUGCAAAGUUUCAAGUAGAUAUACAGUGCUUUAGUGCAAAAGGAUUAAACAACUGUCCGCACCCAGGGCCGCGGUCGUCGGACCUUAAUGGAUUUGUUACCUGUUUAGAUCAAAAAGCUAUUGGUUGAAAGCUAUAACAUUUGUGCUGCGUCGACCGUGAUAGGAUUGACUGGUCCCAAUCCUUGCCUCUUUUUUACUCGUACUGUGCAAGAAGUGUGUUUGCUUCAUUCGUUCGUUCAAAAUGAGCUUGGAACUGCGAACUGCGACCGUACAGACGUGCAAAUACUCAAUGGGCCUAUCAAUAAUUGGUUUAAUCCUGGUCACGUCUCGGUUAAUGGAGGCAUCGCGCGAGAUUGAGUUCUUACGCGUCGUCGAAGUCGAUUGGUUGGGACAAUUUGACGAGUUGACUUCAGAUGCUGGAGUGUUACGUCAUGACUUACAUACUUUUAUCGGUGAACUCACUGUUUCGCGGACGAUUCUUCUGCUUAGCGUCAUUUUUUUGCUUGUGUAUAUUCUCUCAUGGUGGUGGAUGGUCUUCGCGCUGAAGCAGGCUAAGGAUGAUGGCAGCGUUCCUCUCAGGACAAUAUUGCUCCUUUCUAUAUUUGCGGCCGUUGACAUCGCUGCUAGCACAGGAUUUGUUCUGCUUCGCAUUAUCAUGUUUCAGAUCCGCGAUAAACAGUAUCCUGCCGAUCUAAGAAUACCAGCACCGUCUGAACUUGAGCGCUAUCCAGCUAUUGCCGCUCUUCGCUUAGUUACACUCAAGUCGUCCACAGCCACGACGGAUAUUGUCGUAUCGAUUGUUGUUGGUUUUCUCACCGGUUUACGAGUGUACUCCGUCGCCAAUAUUAUACAUUUCUACAAACGAUCGAAAAAGACUGCAGUCGGACUAUAUGGCGACUAUUCGACAGAAAUGUUUGGCGAACGUCUAGAGGAGCUCAAAACGGAACCCCAACCCAUGGAAAAAGCUUACUCGACCCUUCCACAUCCCCACAAACCAGACGCCCACCAAUCUGCCUACCCUCUCAACCACACAUCAUACAUUGCAUCACCCUUUAACUGGGCUGCAUCUGUUCAUUCUGCCACGAUGCGGAUUCAACCCCAUCCACCACUUCACGAUAGAUUUAAAACCGGAGGCGGUAUGAUAGAGCGCCGUUCUUGGGCACCUCAAAAUACAGCGGCAUCGGUCAUCGACGAUCCGCACGCCGGAGCCCAAUCAAACGAGGUGCAGCGCAACGACGGAGAGCUCCAAAUCCAAGCUGCGGACAUGCCUCUGGAGAUGCAAAAGACGGCAAUGCAAUCUGCUCUGCAAGCUAUUCGUCUGUACGGUAGCGAAAAACAUAUUGCAGAAGCUAUUAAGCAGGACUUCGAUCAACUGUAUUCGCCGACCUGGCACUGCAUCGUCGGAAGAAACUGGGGCUCAUGUGUUACACACUCAAAAAAAUGCUAUGUACGGAUGCUUUGGAAGGAUAACAUUACCAUACUUCUCUAUCGAUCAAUUUAACAGAUUUGUAUAAAUCUCAUUAAAAUGUAAUAAUGCCUUGGAAUGAAAUCGAUUAAAUUAAGCUGGUUGAACCUCGAGAGUUCUGUACAACCAUAAUAAUGUUUUCUAUACAGUGAUAGUUACAUAAAAAACACACACGCACGCACACACACUUAUAUAUAUAUAUAUAUAUAUAUAUUAACUGAUGCUGCGCAAAUUCAAUGUAUGGCAUUUUCUGCUGCUGGCAUUAAGCUCCAUAUCUUAUUACGGAAAGUACGUACCGGCAGCAGUUGCCUCACUUCUGGUAAAUAGAGCUAAAGAAAAAACAGCGACAAUUUCGCGAAGAAGAAGCUUCUUUUUCGUCCCCUUGGAUACAACUGCACUGAGACUAUGUGAUCCCUUCCUAAGGUGGAUACAUCCUGCAGCUGUCCUUAAUUCUAAACGAAGAUUGUUUUAUUCUUCUCUAUAUGUGACUUCGCGCCAUCUAUGUAUCAUAGUUACAUAGUAAUAAUAAACACCCCUUCAUAAUACCUAAAUGACAUUCAUGCCGGUCCGUCACUACCAUCUGCCUGCCAAACUAGCCGCGCUAAAUAAUAGCAGAGCCUUGAACAGGUGAGAGACGUUAACUAAAAGGUUCGACAACUUCUACUGCUUCCUUCAUGUUCGCCAACUCUAGUCAGCCAAAAGUGUGUGCAGGGGCUGAUACUCUUCCUAACGUUAGUCUUUACUUGAGCGCAGUCAAAUAAAGUGUCAGUACUUAGCCUAAUUAAGGCCUUUCUGUGCUAAUGGCCGAGUUGCAAUAAUGAUGAUCGUAAAACAUUGUUCUCAAAUCGAGGAACAUGAAGAGGAAGAUCGGAAGCCAGAAUAGCAUCAAUAAAGCAUCUCCUUGUUAAGACCAGAAUACUUCCGGAAAAUACCACUAGAAUGUAUACUACAUACAUUUUAGGUAUAAUAGUGUACAAUAAGUCAUGUAUUUAUCAACAACUCUGAAACGACUGUGUAAAGUUGGUGAAAUAAAGAAAAACAAAAUACAUUUUGAAGGCUUCAU